AUGAACUCGGAAACGCUGAUGAGCUCGGGUCAUGCGCGUAUCAGGCUGUCACCGCAAGAAGUGACUGUUCCAGCAAAGCCCCACGCGCGUUGCUAUAUUCCUCAGCAACCCGGUCGAAAGUCCAAGUUCUUUGCCGACGGCAAACUCAUCGCGCGCGAGAGCACCUCCACAGCCCAGCAGCCCGUACUCGGAACCCCAUCGUUUGGAACAAGCUCAUCCACUUCUCCUGCUCCCGAAAGCUCUUCUCGUCCACCCUUUGGGGACCCGUUCAAAACGUCGGAGGCAGAACAUCCGUGGAACGCUUAUCAAUGGUAUACUGCGCUGUCGGACAAGCCUGCAGCAUCUAGCGCGUUCUUCUCAGAUAUUUUCACAUCGCCCAAUACGCGGAAUGAUGAGGACAGCAUCCCACAGCGCUCACCAAACCUCGACAUCAGCCACGUGAACUCCAAACCAUCCACGCAAGACAAUCACAGGGCCACAAUCUCCAAAGUGCUUGCACUCCUUGAAGCUGAACAUAAAGAAAGCGUCUCCAAAUCAGACACCGAUGACUUCGACACUGUUAGUCUUCUUUCCGAGUACGAUAUCAUCGAUCCGGCAACUACGAAGUCCAUGGCGGAUUCCUGGGAGGAAGUACCUACACCACCCGAGACUACGUUUGAUGUCGAACCCAUUGACGACUCCGACUGCGACGAUGAAGAUGACGAGUAUUACUCUGAGUCUUACUUCCAGUCUCACUAG